AUGUCUGCUCAGCCCAAUUCAAAUUCUGCCGCCAGCCCCGGUCGUCGUGUCAAAUUUGUCGCCGUCGACACGACCCGGGGAGGCUUGCCAGUCAAGCGGAAACAAGUCCAGCAUGCCUGCGACUCGUGCCGCCGUAAAAAGAGGCGAUGUGUGCAUGCUCAAGAUUCGGCUACGGCCGCUGAUGAGUCAACGCCAGAUCGGACCCCCAAGGUUGUCACUCAAUCAUCAAAUACCAACCAUCCAACCUUGUCCUCCGGCAAGAGGAACUCCUCAAGCUCAGAUGCCACCGCGAUAGCCGACCAGCCUGGUUCUGAGCCUCCACCAGCAGCCGCAGCCUUGGGGCCGUCACCAGUCACGGUGGAUUCCCAGACGACCGGCUCGCCCGCUGUGCGUUCUCGAUUCUUUGGGGACCUUAACCCCGAGGGCAUGUUUCUGGAGGCCGCUGGGUCCGUUGCCAGCCGAGAAGUAAUCUCCAAAGGCGACGUUGGUGUCUGGCUCACCUCGACCGGCGUAGGCAAUGGCACCUCGCAGUUUAUCACAGCCAGACCGCCACUGGCCAUGGACCGCGUGCUCCUCCCCUUUGUGAAGAAGCACUUCCUGUGUCUCUUCCCCCCGGACCGUGAUUUUCAAAAACUCAAAACGUUGUUCGUGCAAAAGGUACAUCCUCUCUUCCCAGUGGUGCCCAUCGAGUGCCUCGACGGCGCCCUGUCCGAUCCCACCACCGUUGUAUUGAGACAACUUGUUUCUUUGGCUGCGGGUACCGACCCCGAAGCCUCUCAAAACCUCCGCUUGGGAGACGCGCCGUCUGUUCUGCUUUCUCCUCAGGAAUUCUCCGAAAAGCUGUCCUCAGCCGUACGUGCCAUCCUUGAGACGAGUCUGAUUCCCGAUCGUAUCCUUCACAUCCGGGCGCUCGCCAUGCUCUCUUUCUAUACCCAACCGACGUGCGCAGAGGAGGCAGAUUUACCAGCUCUUCUUGGUGGGAGAGCCAUACACCAUAUCCAUACUCUGGGACUGCACCACUUAGUACGGUACCAGGGCCCCAAUAGUGACGACCUUGAGAACCUGUACUGUGCCGUAUGGGCCAUGGAUCGCAUCAAUGGAGCCAUGUACGGCCGACCGUAUCUCAUCCACGAACGCGAUACUGCUGCCAACAUUGAUGAGAUCAUCAAGAGGCGCAGCCCUUGCUUUCGCCUUUUCUUAUCAGUGGUUCAGUGGCUUGACCAGGUCGUCGACUUGUAUCGCCCAGGCCUAAGCUCAGACGCCAUUAGUAUGCAAAAGGUCGCGUACAUAGAUCUUCCCGUCCUCGAGGCCAUGAUUGUCGAGGCAGAUGCCUUGCGCGUCCCCCCAAACCUGAUAGCUACAAUUGAAACAUUUUAUCAUUCCGUGAUCAUUCUCUCCUGCCGACUCGCUCGCCCCGGCACAAUAUCGGCUGCCUCGACUCUGCCACCGCCCUCUGCGAAUGCCCGGAGAUCUCUGGCCGCCGAGCGGAUCGCUUGUGCCGUGCCCAGAGACUGUCCGAGCUCCCUCCCAUUCAUCCCGUACGCCGUGUCCCUCGCCCUUAGCGUCGAGUAUCGCAAGAUGCGGCACAGCCGGUUGCCAAUGUUUCGCGCCAGGGCUAUGAACUCGUUCAAGCGUAACUGCCAGCUAUUGAGGCAGUUUGGCGACUACUUCUGGAGCGCCAAUGUGUUGGCCGGCUUGGGCGAGCGAGUGUUACGAGAGAUGGAGCGCGCAGCAACAACACUUACCAAUGAGACCGCCCCGGCCCAGGGAGAACCACACAAGGACCCGAUGUCUCAAACUUCGGAUGACCAGGCACGGACUCGAUCAAGUGAUCAGUCCGCCAGCGACUCGGCAGCCAUUAAUGUGGGCUCGGGGCUGGACAACAUGGUUGACUUUUCCAUGAUGGAUCCCAUCUCCGGGCAAGACAUAUUCGGCCUGAUUGACCCAAAUUUCAACCUCAAUGCUGUAGAGGAUGCGCUAGAAGCUAAUCUCGAUAUCGGUCUACCAUUGAACCUCGGGGACUGGGGGCAAUACUCUACCUGGGAGCAGCAGCAAGCACCUGGCGAUUCCGCAUAG